AGCUGGCCCUAGAGAGGGGCGGGGCGGCCUCAGAACGCCGGAGACCCGGAAAGCGGGAAGCGGGGGUUCGUGGGCUGCCCCCACGGCAACGGUAAAACGGAAGACUUGCUGUAGAGGAGCCAGGAGUCCCGGUGAAAGCAGUGUCCUUCCCCCAACGGUGGCCCGGAGGCUGCGGCCUCGGCAGCCAGGGGAGCAUCCUCACCUGCAUAUUAAAAUGGCUGUACCUAAAAACACCAUCCCUUCCCUGUCGGAAUGCCAGUGCGGGAUCUGCAUGGAAAUCUUGAUGGAGCCGGUAACACUGCCUUGUAAUCACACGCUUUGUAAUGCAUGCUUCCAAUCGACUGUGGAAAAGGCGAAUUUAUGCUGUCCCUUCUGUCGCCGCCGGGUUUCUUCGUGGACCCGGUACCAUACCCGAAGAAAUUCUCUCAUCAAUAAGGAACUGUGGGAGAUAAUUCAAAGACACUAUCCAAAGGAAUGCAAGCUUAGAGCCUCUGGGCAAGGAUCAGAAGAAAUCGUUGAUGACUAUCGGCCAGUUCGUUUGUUAAGUAAACCCGGGGAAUUGAGAAGAGAAUAUGAAGAGGAGAUAAGCAAGGUGGAGGCAGAGCGACGGGCUAAUGAGGAAGAAGAAAACAAAGCCAGUGAAGAAUACAUACAGAAAUUAUUGGCAGAGGAAGAAGAAGAAGAAAAGAGACAGGCAGAAAAAAGGAGAAGAGAGAUGGAAGAACAGCUAAAAAGUGAUGAAGAACUGGCCAGAAAGCUAAGCAUUAAUAUUAACAAUUUUUGUGAGGGAAAACUCUCGGCUUCUCCCAUGAAUUCCAGAAAAUCUGAUCUAGUCACAAGCAAGUUGCAAAAGAAAAGUAAAAACAAACAAACAAAUACUGAAGAUAUUCAGAAGUAUUUGUCACCUAAACCUCAAUUUGGGUCAGCAUCACAGGCUGAAGUUGUACAAGAAGGCAAGAAAAACUCCAUGUCUAAGGAAACUGAUAGUAGUGAUAUAAAGAGCCCUAUGUGUCAAGACAGAGAAAUUGAAGAAGAUAUGCCAACACUUUCUCCACCAAUAUGCCUUGAAAUUGAAGAACAAGGUACAAAGUCUUCAGUAGAGUCACCUAUGCCUCAGUUAUGUGCCAGUGGUACAGAAUGGUGCCUUAAAGAAGUCAAAAUGAGACCAAGUGAUCAUGAUAAAGAAUUAUGUGUUAUAAACCAUGAGAGACCUGAAGCCAGAGUUCCCUACUCUAGAGAAGCUGCAGUUAAGCCUUGUGGCAAAACAGAGAGUGAGUGCACUAUAUCAGAUAUGACACAGAUAAUUGGAAAUAACACAGUUGAGACAGAAAAUGAAGAGUCUUGCCUAUUGAUCAGUGAAGAAGGUAUUUUCAAAAGAAAAAACCAGGAGUCUUCAUUUGAAGCAGUCAGGGAUCCGUGCUUUUCUACAAAAAGAAGGAAAGUGUCCUCUGAAUGUUCCUCAGAACAAGAGGAAACAGAGAUCAGCUUUACUCAGAAACUGUUAGAUUUGGAACAUCUACUUUUUGAGAGACAUAAACAAGAAGAACAGGACAGGUUAUUAGCAUUACAGAUUCAAAAAGAGGUAGAUAAAGAACAAAUGAAGCCAAACCGGCAAAAAGGAUCCCCAGAUGAAUAUCAGUUACGUGCAACUCCCUCACCUCCAGACAAAUUGCUAAAUGGACAAAGGAAGAAUUCCAAAGAUAGGAACUUAAAAAGACAUGCUGCUGUAGAGCAUUCAAAACCUCGGAGAGGCCCAAAAAAUGAAAAUUGGCAGCCUUCUUUUGAGAUCCAGGUGAAACAUUCAGUUAAUGUUAAUGGAAGAAAGAUGCCAAAUUCUGCUAGAGAUCAUUGUAAUGUAUCUAAAAGUGUUCAUUCCCUACAGCCUAGUAAGUCACAGAAAAGUAUUUUUCAGAUGUUUCAGAGAUACACAAAAUGUGUGGGUAAAGGAGGGAGUAUUUUAGAAUCUGGUAAAGAUGGAUUUUGAUGCUCUCUUUUAUCAUAGAAUGUUUAUAAAAUUUUUAUUCUGCUCUGUGGGCAUACUCAUUGCCUAUAAUUGAAGGACUGUGCAAUUACAAGGGAGGAAUAUACAAAUGUACUUCAGCCAAUGUCAGUGAUAAGCAAAAGUGUUGUGGGUUUUUUUUAAAUUUUCACCCAAUGAUAUUCUU